AUGGUUGGCCUGUCUUUGAAGCUCGACGUUAAGUUCUCCAACUUCAAUGAGUUCUACCUUUACUACCUCUCGAAGCACAUGCAGCUGUGGACGCGCCGGGGCCACGUCGCUGGGACCAUGCUUGCCGGCCUCCUCCUCCUGCUGUCGCUGGUGAAGCGUGGCUCGGUGGCGUGCGCCGUUAGCGCCCCCAUUGUCGGCUACGGCGUCGCCUGGGCCAGCGACGUGGCGGUGGAGGGCAUCGCCCCAACGUCGUUCAACCACCCCUGGUGGUCGUUCCGCGCCAACAUGCAGCUCGUGAAGGAUGUGCUCUGUGGCAAGCAGUCGCUGUAG